AUGCCUCUUUGUGCUGUACCAGGAUGCGCUAACCCCGGUGUACAUUUAUUUCCCAAAGAUCCAACAUUAAAAAAAAAGUGGGAAAAGGCUAUAAGACGCAAAAAUUUUGUAGCGACACAGCAUAGCAGGUUAUGUCGGAAUCAUUUCCAAGAAUCUGAUUAUGUAGGAGAAUCAGCCUACACAGGACAUCCUCAAAUAUGCAAGUUUCUGAAAAAGGGAACUGUACCAAGUAUAUUCCCUUGGUCCACCCAGGUGUCAACAACACCUACAUCAAGAACCAGUCGUUAUAUGAAAAGAAGCAGACGCAUACUUGAUUUUAUACAACCAUCUGUAGAAGAAAGUGUUCCAGAACCGUCUUCUAGUGCUGAAAUUGAAAUAUCUACUAUAGAGGGCCCCAUAGAAGAUUUUACGCCAAAAACAGUGUCUGUUAGCACUCAAUGUGGUAGUUCUUUUGGAAUCUUAUCACUAGAGGCCAUGAGAGGCAAUCCACAGGCUAUUCAUUUUUAUACUGGGCUAGAAAAAUAUGAAAAAUUUAUGUUGGUGUUAGACACAUUAAGUCCCAUGUGUAAUAAUUUAAAUUACAGGGGAAGUAAAGUUAUCAAUGUUUGUAUCGGUGACCAACUGUUGAUAACACUAAUAAAGCUUAGAAGGUAUAUGCCAGAUUUUGAGUUGGCAUUUUUAUUUGGUAUUUCCCAAACUACUGUAGCUAACAUUUUUGUAACAUGGAUUAAUUUUAUGUAUGAAAUAUGGUCUUUAAUUAAUAUUUGGCCAAGUAAAGAAUUGGUUCAAUAUUAUAUGCCAGAGUCGUUUAAAAGGGGUUUUCCAAAUACUAGGAUUAUUGUGGACACAACUGAAAUACCCAUCACACGGCCUGGGAAUCCAGUAGCACAGCAGGUGACCUUCAGCAGUUACAAACAUCAAAACACUGUGAAGGCUAUGAUUGGAGCAACACCUGGAGGUCUUAUAUCAUAUGUCUCUGAAUGUUAUGGAGGUUCAGUCAGUGAUAGACAGAUUAUAGAAAGAUCCAAACUAAUAAAUAUGUGUGACAGUGGGGAUUCUAUUAUGGCAGACAGAGGCUUUAAUGUGCAGGACAUUUUUGCAUCAAGAGACAUUACUAUUAAUAUACCAAUGUUUUUGAAAGGAAAAACACAAUUACCAGGUGUUAGAAUAAUUCAGGACAGAAAACUAGCAAGCAAACGAGUUCAUAUAGAACGUAUUAUAGGUCUAGCUAAAUCAUAUAAGAUUUUAAAAAGUGAAUUGAGCCCUUAUCAUGUACCACUAGCAUCUAGAAUUUUAUUUGUUUGUGCUAUGGCUUGUAAUUUUAGAGAAAGUAUCAUGAAAUAA